AUGAGCAAGACACAGACCCUCGUCAAUGGCGACGCGCCACAAUCGAAGAUCCUCUCCCACAUCACCUCUUACCCAGUCGUUCAUGACUCAAUUGACUACUACAAAUCCAAUUCCUACGGUCAGAAGUCUCUGAAUAUCGCUUCAGAUGUCUACGACCGCUUCGCCAAGCCCUUCUUCCCCUACCUUCAAACACCAUACAGCUACGUAAAGCCCUACGCCGAAAAGGCCGACAGCCUAGGUGACGAUGGCUUGAGCAAGAUUGAAUCCUACGUCCCCAUCGUGAAGGAGGACACCGAGAAGGUUAAGACCACCGUUUUGAACUACGCCUUCCUACCUCUUCGCGUCGCUGGCGAGGGCAAAGACUACAUCUUUUCCACAUUCAAUGACGAGUACAAGAAGACCGAUGGUGAGGGUGUCUUCAAGCUCGCCAAGGCCACUAUAUCUACUGAGAUGAGGGUUGGGCUUGACGCAUACCAGCUGUUAUACCAGUACCUUACGAAGGCCAAGGACAGUGCCCAGGCCAAGGGUACUGAGAUUAAGGAGAAGACCAAUAACUAG